UUGGGCAGCACUGAAUGAGUUGUCUAUCUGAAAUGGUGAAAUAAAAAGGAAGCCAAAGGGACUAAUCAAUCAGCUUUCUUCGCUGAGAAGGAGAAAAGAAAGGGAUAGAGACAACCCAUGAAGGAUAAAAAAGAAAUUUGAGAAAAGGACUCGACCCUCUUUGUGGCAACUUGAAAAGAUACUGCUUUGACAAGAAAGCUUCGAUCUUUAGCUCCUCUGUGACCUUGCCUAUCUACGAUUCCAUUGCUAUAUAUCCUCGGAAUACCACAGAAAACAGAGGAAAAAGCAAGAGAAUGGUCUGAUGAGCUUUGCAUGGCGACCCACAGAAUGGGUGAAACUGGUUUAUCUGAGUCAGGACCUUCAACUUCAAGUCACCAUGCUCCUUAUGGGGUUCUUCAUGGAAUUAGUUCUCCUUCAUCUAGCUUAAUCAAUCAAGGAUCUAGUUAUUAUUUUGGAGGAUUGGAAGAGGCAAUUCUGCAAGGAGUGAAGAUUAGGAACGAAGAAGCCAAAGCAUCUUUAUUCGCAGGCAAGCCUGCAGCUACACUAGAAAUGUUCCCCUCAUGGCCCAUGAGAUUCCAGCACACCCAAAGAGAAAUACAGGGAGGUUCAAAAUCCGGAGGAGAGAGCACCGAUUCAGGAUCAGGCCUGAAUACUAUUUCAAGCAAAACAGAAGCACAGUUUGAACCAGAAUCUGAAUCUCCCAUAAGUAAAAAAGCUUCUUGCACAGAUUAUCAGGCUUUUGAUCAGCAGCAGAAACAGCGGCUACAGCAACUAGAACAGGAGAUGGCAAGCGAUGCCUCAAGAUGCCAAACACAGAAUCAGAAUGAAUCGGCUGCUAAACCAUUUCAGGCAAAGAGGAAAGGAGGCGGUUCUACAUCAGACAGGCAACUCGAUCCAAAGACAAUGAGGCGUCUAGCUCAGAACAGAGAGGCUGCAAGGAAAAGCCGUCUCAGAAAGAAGGCUUACGUGCAGCAGCUAGAGUCAAGUAGAGUAAAGCUUUCCCAGCUCGAACAAGAGCUUCAAAGAGCACGCUCUCAGGGACUAUUGAUCGGCUGCGGUGGGACUUCUACUGCCAAUAAUAUAAGUUCCGGUGCAGCAAUAUUUGACAUAGAAUAUGGGAGAUGGUUAGAAGAAGACCAGCGGCACAUGGAGGAGCUGCGGCGGAGCUUGGAGGCGGCGGUGCCGGACAAUGAACUUAGAGUGAUGGUGGAGAGUUAUCUGAGACACUACGACGAGGUCUUUGAGCUGAAGGGAGUCGCGGCAAAAUCAGAUGUGUUUCAUGUCAUGAACGGAAUGUGGACCACCCCCGCUGAGCGUUGCUUCUUCUGGAUUGCCGGCUUCCGGCCCUCCGAUCUCAUUGGGAUGUUGGUACAGCAGUUAGAGCCAGUGACGGAGCAGCAGAUAGUGGGGAUGUAUGGGCUGAGGCAGUCGACGCAGCAAGCGGAGGAAGCUCUGACCCAAGGACUCGACCAGCUCCAGCAUUCUCUCCUCCACACCGUCGUCGGAGGCCUCACCGUCGACGGCGUUCACCAGAUGUUUCUCGCUAUGACCAAGCUUUCCGAUCUCGAAGAUUUUAUCCGCCAGGCUGAUAAUCUAAGACAGCAAACACUUCACCAAUUGUGUCGACUACUGACAGUUCGUCAAGCAGCAAAAUGUUUUCUCGUGAUCGGAGAGUACUAUGGUCGUCUUCGAGCUCUUAGUUCUCUUUGGGCAUCACGACCACGAGAGUCCCUGAUCAACGACGAGACAUGCCACCAAAUAGCAACGAACAUGCCCAUAGUUCAUCAGUCGUCCCAGAAUCAUUUCUCGACUUUCUGAUAACAUACGAAACCAUUAGCCUGAAAGUCGGUUUUUGUUGCAAGCCAGUGAAGAUGGAUAUAUAUAUAUAUAUCAAAAGAAGAACAUGUAUUUCUAUAUAUUUUGCUUCUUUUUCCAGCAUUGAAUUCACCCUUUUGCCACCUUGUUAUAUAUAAAUAUAUAUAUGUAUGUUUGUAGAUGUA